UCCACCGCUUAUGCCCAGCCAAAUGGGGUAACCCAGAGGCGCGGAGUGGUGCGGGGAGAUAGCACCGGAGGAGAGGAAGGUUCACCUUCCCCAGGCCCGCAAAAGAUGGUGUUUCUGGAGGAGAGGAUGUCGGCGAUGGAGACCACCCUGGCAGUGAUGUCGAGGGCGAUGGAGCGCCUGGCGGUUUUGGCGGAGCCGGAGCGAGGAAGGGAACUCCGGGCUAGCUCAAUGUGGGACGUGAGCAUGGGAAGCAGCCAGGGCUUUGCAGACCUCCCAGCACCGAAGGGAAGGGAAAUGCGAAAGGAGCCCGGUGCCCGGCCCAAGAUCCAAACGAGCCUGACGCGGGUGGAGGAGAGUGACGACGAAGGGGAAAAGCCUCCGAGAAUCCCGGCUACGCUCCCAACUGAGACCCUGGUGCCCCUGGCGAAUGCCGGGCGUGGCACAGGACAAAGGGAAGCAGCAGCGGGGCCCACUGGCCCGCAAGGGGGCUUGCGACGGGCGGAGAAUUGGGGAUUGCCACCACAGGGACCCCUACCGAGACGAGAGGAACUAAGGAUCGAGUUUGGGGGAGAGUCCUCUGAACUGGAUUUUUUCCUGACCACGGUGAGGGGCUAUAUGGAGGACAAUGCCCACACUUUUAGAACGGAAUCCAGCCGGGUACGGGCCAUUGGUGCAGUGUUGAAGAGGGGAGCGGCCAGCUGGUACGUUCAACUACACGCGCGGCGCGACCCAUGUCUGGGGUCACUCCGACGCUUUAUGGGGGCCCUGGAGACCCGUUUCCGAGAUCCACUGGAGCAGAUCCGGGCGAGGGAGGAGUUGAAGACCGUCUCCCAGGGGCAGAGGUCGGUAUCUGAGUAUGCGGAGGAGUUCCAAUGCCUCGCUGAAAAGGUGCCGGAAUGGUCUGCAGUGACAAAGAUAGAACUCUUCAAAGAGGGGCUCAGGCGGGAGAUCCUCUCCUGGGCGGUGCAUCGUGAUGAGCCUGACACACUGCGCGGAUGGAUUCAGCUGGCGGGGCGCAUCGAGACAUCGCUGGCCCAGGCGAGGAGGCACCGAGGAGGGCUACAGCAGCGGCCGCAGAUGAAAGAGGGGAGCCGGAAGGAGGGAUCAACCCCAGCCGGGAGGAGAACGGAGCCGACAGGGAACGUGAGCGCCAGCAGGAGGGGCUGCUUCGUGUGCGGCCGUUUGGGCCACAGGGCUGCCGAGUGCUGGCAGAGAAAAGGGGAAGGCGGAGGCCCGCCCAAACCAAGAGCCGUGGCAGGGAAACGCGCCGAGGAAGAACCACCGAUGAGGCACCACUCGGGGGGGUUGGAUGAAGGGGAGGAGGACGCCAUGUCAGAACCCUGCUACUAGAGCCUGGAUGUGGCUCUGAGUUUCAGGGUCACUGACAUUGAUAAGACACCUGCGUCCCAGGACUCGGAGGAGAAACGGCUGCUGGACUUGGCGGGGAAUUUGCGCGGGGUUUUACUGAGCGGGAAGAGACUGUUCAAAUGAGGGGGAGGGUAUAUAAAGGAGGGUUGGCCGGAGCCUCCCAUUCUUGGCUUUUCUGAUGUUCAUGUUUCCUACAGUAAAAGUUCCUGGUGAUACCACAGAGAGUCUCGUG